ACUGGCAAAAGCAAAACCAGAGAAUGAACUGAGAAACUAGGAUUCAGGACUUAGGGUUUGCAACUUCUGAAUUCCAGUCGAUGGAGAUGGAAGGAGGCUCAAGCGACGUUCCCCAAAAUGGAUUCCUUGGAAGCAUCGAUCUUCGGCCUCGUGAGCCUAUCGUCGAUCUCACUGGUCAGAUUCAUCAGCUCCCUUGCUGCAUCAAACACGAUGGUCCCUGCUCUGUUUCUCACUACUUCAAACCGAAGAAUUCAGAGCUUCUGCGGGAGAAUAAGAGGAUGCUGGACAAAUCAAUCAGAGAAAUAGAACGGGAGAGACAAGGUCUACAAGCACAAGAGAAAAAGCUUAUUGUAGAAAUUAAAAAAAGUGCUAAGCAAGGGCAGAUGGGAGCUGUCAAAGUAAUGGCCAAAGACCUUAUUAGAACAAGACAUCAGGUUGAAAAAUUCUACAAGCUUAAAUCACAACUUCAAGGCGUUUCUCUUAGAAUUCAGACAUUGAAAUCUACACAAGCUAUGGGGGAGGCCAUGAAAGGUGUCACAAAGGCGAUGGGCCAGAUGAAUAGGCAGAUGAACUUGCCAUCUUUACAAAAGAUAAUGCAAGAAUUUGAGAGGCAGAAUGAAAAGAUGGAAAUGGUAACAGAGGUGAUGGGAGAAGCCAUCGAUGAUGCAUUGGAAGGGGACGACGAAGAGGAGGAAACUGAAGAACUUGUGAACCAGGUGCUUGAUGAUAUAGGAAUUGACAUCAAUUCAGAGCUACUGAAUGCACCCUCAGAAGCAGUAGCCGCUCCAGCUGCAAAGGCCAAGGUUGCUCAAGCUGAGACACCAGGGAAUGAUGACAGUGGUAUAGAUAAUGAGCUACAAGCAAGGUUAGACAAUUUAAGAAGAAUGUAAUCUUCUAUUUCGUGUAUAAAAACAAGAUUUCUUUGAAAAGGAGAGAAAAGUGGCCCUGUAAUAUGUAUGAAAUCGUGGUUGAAUUAUUAACCUAGUGCUUGGAAUUAUCAGCAUUUAAUAAAAUCAUGUACAAUGCUGUAGAUAGU